AAGAAUUUGUUUCAACGUCCUCCGCCUGGAAUACAGACAGGCAUAAACCAGUUUGCUGGCUACAAUCAACAUCCACAAAUGCCACUACUACCACCGCCACAACCACCACCACCUCAGUAUGGUCAGGCAAUGAUGCCCCCACCUAAUAUGUAUUCAAGUCAACAUGCUUAUCAACCAACACAGUAUAUGUAUGUACCAGUACCGAUGCCCCAACAGCAACAAACUCCACCACCGAUGCCACCACCAAUGCCACCACAAUACAUUCCUCCAUUGAUGUCACAACCAGUGUACCAAUCAAUGAAUCAUGGGUCGACGUUACAAUCAGGAAAUUUUAAUUGGAAUAGUCAUCAUGGUGUUCCACCAACAGAACAUGAAAAUCGAGACAUAAAAAUAUCAUCAUAUGUACCACAAGGACAAAGAAAAUCACCAAAGAAAAUAAAAGACAAAAAAGACAAAAAUAAGGUUGAUCAGGAAAGAGAUCAGGACGGAUUAGGACAGAUAAAGCAGGCUAAAGAUGAUAGAUUUAAAAAACUGAAAUCAUUAUUGGCAGAUGAACCAGCAGAGCACUACCAAAGUGAAACAGGGCCGCAAGAUAAUGCCAUUGAAAGUGAUCAUAAGCAGAGAGUUAACCGCAGAGGUAGAAGGUGCAGAGAACAAAACAGACAAGAAGAAUCGGGAUCUUCAGAAGAUAGUGAAUCAGACAGUGAUGACUCUGAUUGUGGAUCUCAAAUCGACUGUCGUGACCACCAAUCUAAUAAAUAUGACAGGGGAAGUCAAAGAAAUCUAAGCGACAGAACAUCACAUGGUCUGAACAAAAGGUUUGUAAAGUCAUCAGAAAGUGUCAAUAAUAUAGGUUAUAGAGGACCCAAACAGAGCAAAGGAGGAAAAUAUGGUAACAAUAGGGGAGGUCAAAGACAAAAUGAGAAUACGAACUCGGAUCAGUCAUGUAAUAUUGUUGAUAGUCAUCAUGGUAAGCAAUGUGAUUAUCAAAGAGGUAAAGGAAAUGGUCAAAAUAGGGGAAGGGGAGGCCAUCAAAGUAGGAGUGAACGAUUGAAUGAAUUAAAUGCAGAGGAAGAAGAUACUCUAGGCCAACAGAAAAGAAGACCAAUUGGCAGAUUUCGUGAGAGAGGUAUGGAAAAACGUGGUGGAGAUAGAUUAUUAGAAGAUGAUCAGACGGACAACUCUGAUGGACAUGAAAAUUACCAGACUGAUAAAAGUAAUAAUCGUGAAGAGCGUAAGGAUAGAAGUCAGGGUCGUCAAAAAGAAAGAUAUGGCAAAGUACAAUCUAAAAGAGACGACACAGAGGACAAUGAGAGUGAAAUACCAGAUGUCGAUGAUAUUGAGGUAUUUAAAUUUUUGAUAAAGAAUUUUAAGGGAGGUUGUACAUUUGAAGAUCUACUGAAGAGCUGUAAUCUUUUCCCUCACAACUCUAACAUAUGUCUUUGGUUCAAGAAACAUAGUCGAAGAUUUCAUGUUUUCUGGGAUGGAAAAGCCAUUGUUUAUAUCCAACCAUUUUUCAGGGAUGCAAAGAUUUGUGCUAACUGGAACAAUAAAAAACAUCUCGGGCAAUGUGAGAACUCUUCAUGUUAUUUCUUUCACAUUUGCCGUCGUUUUAUCAGAGGUAACUGUAAGGAAAGUAAUUGUAAGCUGUCUCAUAGUUUCAGAAGCUCACACAAUCGUGGUUUGAAGGAUAAACUUGGCAUACGCGAGUUUAGUGAAGCUGACAUAAGAAUUGUUCUAAAUUGCAAUUCUCCAUCAGUUUGUACAGAUUACAUUUACAACAAUGGGUGCAAGAUACAAAAUUCAGAUAAAAGAUGUCCAUACUUACAUUUAUGUCAGACUAAAAUAUUUAGAAAAUGUGAAGACCCAUGCAAGUUUCAGAAAACGCAUUCCAUCACACAGUUCCACAACAAAUGGGUUCUAGAAUCGUUUCAUAUGAAGGGAUGGGAAGAGGAACGAGUACUUAGGACUAUAUAUGUACCACCAAGACAAAGAGAAGUAAGUGAAGAUUUUUCCGAUGAUUCUGACCUCAGUCAAGUUGAAGAUGGUAUUGAUGAUGCCAGUACUUACAAUGACAGCGAUGUCAAUGUUAGUAGUGAAAGUCUUUCGAGUAAUGCAUCUGGUCCGGUAAAAACAUCCCAAAAGUUGAUCACUUCUGAUGUCCAAAGUAAAGAGAACAUAAGGGAAAAUGACAAACCAAAUAGUGGUCGAAGAGAAAGAUUUGAAUCAACAGAAAAUAUGAUUUGUGGGAUUGUGGGUAAAGAUGAUCUAGAUCUAUCUAAAAUGUCUGCAUCCAAAAUACAGUAUAAUGAUGAAGAUGAUAAUAUUAAAGAAAAGGAGAGGAUAAUGAUGCAAAUGUGGGAACAGGAGGAACAGGGCAUCAGUUCUGCAGACAAUAAUAAAAGAGUCAAGCCAAAGCAAUCAAGUCGCAAUCCAUCAGAUCCAGAUUACCAGGAAAAGAACCCUUCUUUAUUGAAAGAUCAGACAGAAAAUGCUAAAAUCUGCUUAUUUGUGUCGAAAGACAAAUGUCCGUCAGCAUCAUGUAAAAACCACCACCUACCAAGCGGAUUGCCGUACUUGUGGCAAUUAAAGAUAUCUGAGAAAUGGGUUUCUUUUUCCUUGGCACAGAACGAGAUCAUAGAGAAAGCUUACUGUAAUGUUCAAGAUUAUAUAUUAAUGGAAAAAACCGGUGAAAGAUAUAGUUACCAUGUUUGGUUUCCAAAGAUGCAUGCCGUAAUAUUAAAUGUUGAUGACCAAUUAGUAAGUGGCGACAAUCAGAGGUGUAAUGUUAGACGUCUCAGUACUCAUUCCUUCGCCGAGAAGAAAAUUAUGGUUGACAGCUAUCUUACACAGUGGAGGUGGUAUUGGAAAGAUGACAGUGAUAAGUGGACUAUGUUUGACAAGGACGUGUUUCUGUUCACCCUUGAGAGGAAGUAUCAGACAAAACAGAAGACUUAUUUGUAUACAAAGGAGAAUGAAAACAUCAUGUAUAGGAUAGACUUCCUAAAGAUGACACAGGUUAACAUAGAAACAGAUAAUGUACGACAAAUUAUCAGACGUCCUUUGUUUGUUUCAAAAGAUGAUGUACUUCAGAAUCAAUUUCCACAGAGUAUACCAUUUCCUGCAGCUACGAGUACAGUAAAACCUGCUCAUUUCUAUAAUUGGGAUUGUGCACAUGACUUUGAACUGGUUGAACUUGAGACGACAGGGAAAGAGUACAGGGAAGUGUUGACGUCACUUACCGAUACCAUGGAUCCAGUUCGAUUUGAGUUCAAGUUAAUAUAUCGAAUUCAAAGUAGAAAACUAUGGAGCGAAUAUGACAUCAAGAAGAACCAUAUGUUAGCCGACGCUGAACAAGAUGGUAAUGGUAAAACUAUUGAUGAAAGGAAUUUAUUUCACGGUACUGAUUCUUUAAAUACCUGCCGAGGUAUUUGUACUAAUAAUUUUGACUUCAGAACAAGUGGUCGCAAUGCGACUGUAUAUGGUGAAGGUUCGUAUUUUGCUGUCCGUGCCAGAACAAGCCAUACAUAUACACAAGCAGAUUUGCCUACAGACAUUCGAUUCAUGUUUAGAGCCAAAAUCUUGGUAGGGCAGUUUACAGUAGGUAAUCCUUCCCUCCGUCGACCUCCAGAAAUUCCUGGGCAGGUUCAUAAGUUGUAUGAUUCUUGUGUGGAUGACGUUCAAGAUCCAAAAAUAUUUGUUGUGUUUGAUAGAAAUCAGUGCUACCCUGAUUACCUGAUUAUGUACACUGACAGAGAGACAAUGCCUCCUGUGGAAAAACCUGAUGCGGCUCCAAAUAACACUGAAAAUCCAUUAAAUGGUGUGGAUCCAUUAGUUCAUCGUAAUCAAGCAAGAAGUUCAACUUCUACAACAAUACAACGAUCCCUUCAGUCACCUCCUGGUGAUGCUGAAAGUUCCCCGGUAGUUGCAAUAGCACGUUUCGUUGAGGGUCGAAAAAGAAAAGAUGAUAAUUGUGUUCUGCAGUAAAUAAAACUUCUGAGGAUCAUUUUGCCAUGAUGGCAUGGUAUAUUUUGAUGGGUGAUUUUUUUCAAGUUGCAUAUCUAAUUAUAUUGUUCUUUUCCAAUGAAACUAUAUUGCCUUUCACUGUUACGUGUAUAAGUGAUUCGCUUACAUCCAUAUAAUGUAUGUGCAAUUUUGUUUUGAAAAAUGCUUGCCUGAUUUAUCAUAUAUAUAUAUAUAUGUUUGUUUAUUUUUAAGUUUUAUAGUUUUAAGUUUAUGAUAUAUUUGUAAACAUGAUCUGACUCUGUGGAAAGCAGUCGAUAUGUUUACUUUUUGUCUAAACUGGAUGCGUCAAAUUUGAAAAUCAGUUUUGAUGCUGCUACAAGGGUAUGGUAGUUAACUCACUUCUGCUGUCUGUAUUUAGCAGUUUCAGUUAGACUACAAGGAGAAAAUGAUGAACAUGCUUAGCCCAUUUAUUUUAAGAAUCUAUUCGGUUUUAAAUUAGAAAGGAAAGAUUUACAUGUUCGUUCCAUUUAUUUGAUUACUCGUUUCAGUUUGUAAGGGAAGAUAAUUUAUUAUUUAGAGAGUUCAAUACUUUCAAGAAGAGAUUGUGGUAGUUUGCGGUAAUGUUUUGACCGAUUAUAUGAUUACAGGUAACUGAUUUUGACAAUUACUGACAAUUGUGAACAGAUGUUGUUCGAUACAGUUGUAUUAAUUAGUUUGUUUUUUGUUUAUUCAUUAUUAACUUCACAUAAAACUAUAGUUGUCCUUAGAAACGAGAUAUAUUUUUCUAUAUUUCAAACUAGAUAUUCUAAAAUCUUUUCAUUUUUAUAAAAGAUUGUAUUAUAUAUAAACAUAUUUAUUGCUCUGAUCCCCUAAAGUAUUGAUUUUUUCCACUUUUUUAAUCAUUUUGAUUAUAUCCAUGUAAUUUGUAUGUACUCUUUUUUAAUGUUGUCUUAUUGUUAUAUUUUGUCUCUUAAAAAUCAUAUGAAUUAAAAUCAAAAUAUAGGAUUUAUCUGUUAACAUGAUUAAUUUCUUUGACAGUAGUAUCUGUGUUUACUUUUUUCUACACUUGUCGAUGAACAUAAAGUUGUAUUAUUAUACUGGAUACUUGGCUGUAGUUUUGGUAAGACCAGCUAAGGAGAAAAUGGUGAACAUGCUUAGCAAAUUAAUUUUAAGAAUUUGUUCGGUUUUGAAUUAGAAAUGAAAGAUUUAAAUGUUCGUUCCAUUUAUUUUAUUUAUCAUUUCCGUUUGAAAGGGAAGUUAAUUAAUCAUUUAGAGAAUUCAAUACUUUCAUUCAAGAAGAGCUUGUGGUAGUUUUCAGUAAUGUUUUGACCAAUUAUUUGACAAUUGUGAAAUCAUUUUGUUCGUUACUGCUGUAUUCAUUAGUUCGUUUUUUUUUUAUUAUUCAUUAUUAACUUCACAUAAAACUAUAGUUGUCCUUAGAAAUGAGAUAUAUUUUUCUAAUUUUAAAUCUAGAUGUUUUUCAAAUCUUUUCAUUUUUAUGAAAGGUUGUAUUACAUAUAAUCAUAUUUAUUGCUCUGAUCCCCCUGUUUUUUUCCACUUUUUUAAUCUUUUUGAUUACAUCCAUGUAAUGUGUAUGUAGUUUUUUUAAUGUUGUCUUAUUGUUAUAUAUUUUCUGUUUAAAUCAUGUUUUAAAAUCAAACUAUAUUAUUUAUCUGUAAACAUGAUUAAUUUCUUUGACAGUAGUAUCUGUGUUUACUAUUUUUAUCUAAACUUGUCGAUAAACAUAAAUUUGUAUUAAUAUACUUGAUACUUAGCUAUCGUAACAAACUCACUUAGACUGCUGGUGAAACUGUUACAGUUUUGGUAGGGCCAGCAACCAGAAGAAAAAAAUCCCACGUAUAGAACAUUCCUUAAACCAAUCUCCUCAAUAAGAAAUGCAAGUGAAUUAGUAAAGAGCUGUAUGCUAUAUAAAACGUGUUUGUGGCCUAUGACCGUCAAAUGAAAAUUAAUUCUAACACUACAUGUAUGGUAAUGAAAAAAUUAACUUUUUAAGGAUAUCAUAAUUAUUCCAACAGAUUUAAAUCAUAGUUUCAUGCAAGUAUUUAACACACACACAUAUACAUUUACAUAGCGAGUUUUUAUAAAUUGCAAUAUUAAAUAUUCAUACAAGUAUAUCCCGGCUUAAACUGCAAUUUGAUUUUUUACCUUGACAUGAGAUAUGAACCCACAUCCCCUGCAAAAUAAAAUAAAGAUCAAAUUGGUGAUUAAUGUUGAAAUAUGAACAAAUCUAGUAUUAUAUAAUUGUUAUCCGGGCUUCACAGUGGAUAUGGUCUCAAAUUUCCUGUGAGAACCUUGAAUAUCAUAUAUUAUUAUAUACUUAGAGUAAAUAACUUAUAAUUUUUUCAGUAUGAUAAUAGCAUUAAAUUUACGUGAAUUCCAUAUUUUCCGAAAUAGUGCUUAGCGGGCUGAUAUGAAAAAAUAAUCAACUGCAUCCGGCUAAUAUCGCAUGCUUUUCCGUAACGUUAUCGCAUGGCAUUCCGGCGUUACUCGGCAAAUUCCAGAUAAUACAUCUCAAUGAUUGGUUUUCAGUGAAAAACAUAACAAAAUAGGGUACAAAACAAAUAUUAGGAAGCAGGAAAAUAUAUUAUGUAAAAUGCAAAACAAGUGAUACAAUAAAUUCAUUUUUCAAAGUUUCCAGCAUAAUUUAGCAAGUUACUUUUCAAAUAUUGAAUUUCCUAACAGUGUUCAUUUUGUUUUGUUGAAUAUUUUUUUAUCGUGAAUAUAAAAAAUAUAU